CCAAAAUGCCACUGAAGCAAAAUGACAUGUUAAACAUGACGACCCCGAGCCCUGGUGGAGGUGGAGGCUGCCCACCAGUUGGUAUUCAGCUGGAGGGUUUGAUCCUGCCCCCAGUCCUCACCGUUGAUGUGAUACUGGGGCUGCUGGGAAACAUAGUGGCUCUGUGGAUCUUCUGCUUUAAAAUGAAGGCCUGGAACCCCAACACCCUGUUCCUCUUCAACCUGGUGAUCGCAGACUUCCUGGUUCUACUGAGUGUGCCGCUGAGAAUUGACGCCCUGCUCAGGGGCCACUGGGUGUUUGGAGACGGCAUGUGUCGGAUCAACCUCUUCCUGAUGUUUUCUAACCGCUCAGCCAGCAUUGCAUUCAUGACCGUGGUGGCGAUUUACCGCUACUUCAAGGUGGUGCACCCUCACCACCGCUUCAACGGCAUGACGAAGCG